AUGGGCGGAGAGCGCGACUACGACUUUGAGGAGAAGGGCGGCGCCGUCAACGGCUACCCGCCGUCGGACGGGUACAUGCGCGAGGACGAGAGCGUCGCGUCGCAGCCGCCGAUGAAGCAGUACAAGGGCGUGAAGGGGCGGGUAGAGCAGGGCAUGGACUUUCUCGUCAAGCACGGCGUCGAGGAGCGCGGUAUUCAGCCGCUGCCCGAGACCGAGCGCGAGCCGAACCUCAACUUCUUCAGCUACGUUCGACAGGCGAUCCUGUGGGCGGGCAUGAACACGAACAUUCUCACGUUCUCCGAAGGCAUGACUGGCCCGGGUAUCUUUGCGCUCGACCUCAAGACGUCGGUCGGUGUCAUCCUCGGCUUCAACGCGGUCAUGUGCAUCUUCCCGGCGUAUGUCGCGACCAACGGCCCCAAGACGGGCAUGCGCCAGAUGAUCCAGGCGCGCUACGGCAUGGGCUACUUUGGUGCCAUGGUCAUCGGCCUCGCCAACGUCCUCACCCUCCUAGGAUAUCUCUCGCUCACGAGCAUCCUCGGCGGACAGUGCCUUUCCAUGGCAUCUGGCUCUGACAUGUCCUGGACCGUUGGCAUCAUUGUCCUCGCCGUUAUUGGUCUGUGCAUGUCCUUCAUCGGCCUGAGGGCGCUGCACAUCCUCGCGUUCACCUUUGUCCCCGUCGUUGUGCUCCUAUACAUCGUCCUCAUCGGUGUCACCGGCAGCAGGCUCCACUACGCCGUGAACGAGACGGCCCAGGCGGCAGCCAAGGUGACUGCCUCUGGCGUGCUGGGCUUCUGCGCGUCGCAAGUCGGCUUCACGGCCUCGUACUCCGGCAUCGCGUCCGACUUCACGACGCACUUCCCGGCCUCGACGCCGCGUCUCCCCCUCUUCCUGGCCGUGUACUGUGGUCUCUUCAUCCCCAUCGUCCUGAUCCAGAUCUUCGGCGCGGCCUGCCAGGCCGCCGCCUUCAGCAUCCCGACCUGGAAGGGCGCGGCGGAGAUUGGCGCCCCCGACCUCCUCUUCCAGAUGUCCGGCGGCGGGGGCGGGGCCAAGUUUGUCAUGGUUCUCUUCUGCCUCAGUGUCGUCACCAACGUCGCCACGACCAUCUACUCGGCCGGUCUGUCGGGCCAGAUCGUCCUCCCCUUCCUCAUCAAGGUGCCCCGCUACUUCCUCGCCAUCAUCGUCACUGCGAUCUACCUCCCGAUCGCCAUUGUGGGCAGCGACCACUUCUUCGACAUUCUGCGCAACUUCCUCGCCGUGCUCGGAUACUGGACUGCGCUCUACCUCCCGCCCGCCAUUAUUGAGCCGCUCAUCUUCCGCUCCCCCGUCAGCAACAUCACCUACCCCGUCGAGAUCUGGAACAAGAUCUCCAAGCUCCCCAUCGGUCUUGCGUUCCUGUUCAGCACCUGUGUUGGCAUCCCCGUCGUCGCCUGCGCCAUGGCCACGACCUGGUGGGAGGGCUGGAUCGCGCGCGCGAUUCCCGGUGGUGACGCCGGCGACCUCGCGUUCGAGAUUGCCUUCUGCGCCGUCGCCAUCGCCUUUAUCCCCGCACGCUGGCUCGAGCGCCGUGUUACUCACCGCUGA